GUGGCGGAGGCUCUGUACUUUAAGAAGGAACGCGCUUACGUAAACGCCAUUAAACUGUAUGGUCCCGUUGAUUUCGUUACGGUGGACGGCGUAAAAAUUUCCAGGGCCCCAUCUGGUGUACACUGUAUCCCACCCAAUGACUGCUUCGAAGAGAUCACACAGGACAAAUAUAUCAUGAUUUCCGGCCGAGUGAAGGGUGACAAUGCGUACAUGACACUGUAUCCUGCCGAACCUAAAGGCAAGCCAGUUGCUCUUAUGUGGAGGACAGCUGACAAAAAAUCGGGCGAGAAGGACGCUGUGCUAUAUACCGGGCGUGUUGGAACAGAAGUGCGAAACAUGGUGGUCUGUAGGCCAGGCCGAUCUCAGUUAGUGAAAUAUACCGUACCGAUACACUACAUUGCAGAACACAAUCUCAGCCGUUCUUUGAACAUAAACGGUGGUGAUGAACUUCCACAAAAGGUAAUGAAUUUCGACUGCCACCUGCGUCCUUGUGGUGCCUUUCCAACCGUUUGUGAGUAA